CGGACCCCAAGUAUCCAACUUGUUUAUUGUAUUAUUUCAAUACUUCUUUAGGGCGGAGAGAAGAGGAAGCAAAUGGCAAAAGAUAUCCCGGAGAUGACGUUGAGCUCCGACGAGAAGGGGAUGCCGGCGGUCGGUUUGGGUACAGUGUCCUACCCGCCGGUGUCUAGAGAGGCGAUGCAGUCGGCCUUCUUUGAAGCCAUCGACGCAGGCUACCGCCACUUCGAUACCGCAUCCAUGUAUCAGACGGAGUCGCCGCUUGGCAACGCCAUAGCUGAGGCCCUCCGGCAAGGUCUCGUCGGAAGGAGGGAUGAACUUUUUAUAACUACCAAGCUGUGGGGCACCGAUAACUAUGCCGGAAGCGUUAUCCCUUCCCUUCGCGAGUCUCUUCGAGAGCUUCAAUUGGAUUACGUUGAUCUUUAUCUUGUGCACUGGCCGGUUAGUAUAAAGCCCAGUAAGGUUAAGUAUCCAUUUUUGGCUGAGGAUGUUCUUCCUAUGGACAUGAAGUCCGUGUGGGAGGAAAUGGAAGAAUGCCAGAAAUUAGGCCUUGCUAAGUCUAUUGGAGUGAGUAACUUCUCUUGUAAGAAGCUAGAUCAAAUACUUGCAACAGCCAAGAUUCCUCCGGCUGUCAAUCAGGUGGAAAUGCAUCCUCUUUGGCAACAAAAGAAGCUAACCAACUUUUGUAAGGAGAAGGGUAUAGUUGUAAGUGCUUACUCCCCUUUGGGAGCAAAUGGAGCUCCAUGGGGAACAAUAAAAGUCAUGGAAUGCAGGGAGUUAAAGGAGAUAGCUGCUGCAAGAGGAAAGUCCAUAGCACAGAUAAGUUUGAGAUGGAUAUAUGAGCAAGGUGCGAGCAUAAUUGUGAAGACAUUUAACAAAGAGAGAAUGAAAGAAAACCUUGACAUAUUUGAUUGGAAAUUAAGCGAGGAGGAUUUGUAUAAGAUAGAGCAGCUUCCACAAUACAAAGGAUGCCGAGGAACAGAAUUUUUAAACCACAACGGCGGUUUCAAGUCCCUUGAGGAGCUUUGGGAUGGUGAGAUAUAGUCAUGGGGCGAAAUCUUAAUUUGCUUAUGAAUUACUAAAUAAAGAGAAAAGCAUAAGGUGAGUCCCAAAGAACCGUGUAGUAUUUAUUGCCUUAUAUUGGCGUGGUGAAUAACUCUGUCAGGUAAAAGAAAAACAGAAGUAGAAAGCAUGACAGAAGAAACUAUUACUUUCUUGUAAUUUACAUUUAUUGACUGCCUUUUUUAUAAGUGCUUUGUUUGAAGUCUUAGGUUUC